AUGGCGGUCUUCGAAGUCUUCUCUCAUCCAGAAGUCCGUCGAUAUAAAUCAACUGUGUGCUCCAAAGCAACCCUUAUUCUUGUUUGCAUAUUUAUUUUGACCUUCAUACCACCUCUCUUUGUUGUAUAUCGAAGUUAUGGCUUCUGGAUAAAAGAAGCAUAUUAUAGAGAAUUGCCUGAAAUAACGUUUAAAAGGGAGUUGUUGUUGGUGCUAGAUCUAGAGGGACAAGGGAACUAUGUUACUUACAGUACGUACCAGAAAUAUAACCAACUACAACAAGACAAUCUUAGAGUACCUGUCAUUAAAGCACGAGAAGAAGACAGUAACAGAGAUGGUAGAAAUGAUAAGAUGAUGUUGGAUAUUGAAAUACCAAUGUUAGACAGUGAAAAUGUUGUUGGAACUAGAUUACUCUUAGUAUUUUAUUAUAGGUUAAAGAAAUUUUCCUCAUUGUACAUGGAGUCCCUAGCUUAUAUAGAUUAUGAAUCCUCUAGGCCAGGUGCUAUGUUAGAUGUUAUUGGUGAUUUAAAGGUGCUACAGAAACAACCACUGGGACAUAAAGGUCUUGAUACCAGAUAUAAUGUAAGUUCAUCACUGAUAGAUUCUACUAGUACCUAUGCUGAUACUUAUCUGUUAUCCAAUAUACUGAAACAAUACUCACAGAGAAAUGUUACAACUAGAUUGGUUGAACCAUUUAAAUUCUGGACUAGUGGUCGAGGUGCUGGUAAACCAUUUAAAAUAUCAGCAACUAUAUCUUAUCCUGAAGAUCUCUUCUUAUAUACACCCGGAUUCUGGUAUUUGAUUAAAUGGGGCUGGAUUCAAUAUCUCUCUGUGUUGAUUGUAUUUAUUUAUAUUUUCCGUCAAGUUAAAAUAUUUAUAUUUCAAAAUCAGUUGGUUAUAUCAUUAGUAGAAAAACCUUAUAAUAAUUAUAAAUCUUCUUAG